AAGGGGAGGAGGUGGAGUCUGUCCCAGUCUGCAUCUGGCCCGCUCCCCUUUCUGUCACCCCGGGCCAAACCCGCCCAGCUCCUCUCUGUCUCCGCCUGUCCUCCCGCUCGGCUCUGCCCGGACACACACACGCAGCGGCGGCAGACUCGCACACACCGCCUGGACACGGAAUGGAGACGGAAGGGAGCCAGAGCCUGUCCACCACGGACUCCCCUCACGACCCCUGCAAAAUGUUCAUAGGCGGUCUGAGCUGGCAAACAACACAAGAGGGUCUGAAGGAGUACUUCUGCAAGUACGGCGAGGUGAAAGAGUGUAUGGUGAUGCGAGAUCCGGUUACUAAGCGCUCGAGAGGCUUCGGAUUCGUCACCUUUGUGGAUCAGGCGGGCGUGGAUAAAGUUUUGGCCCAAACCAGGCACGAGUUGGACUCCAAAACAAUCGAUCCGAAGGUGGCGUUCCCUCGAAGAGCUCAGCCCAAGCUUGUGACCCGAACAAAGAAGAUCUUUGUAGGCGGCCUGUCAGUGAACACAACUAUCGAAGACGUGAAGCAAUACUUUGACCAGUUUGGGAAGGUCGACGAUGCCAUGCUCAUGUUCGACAAGACCACAAACAGACACAGAGGGUUUGGUUUUGUGACGUUUGAGAACGAGGACGUGGUGGAGAAAGUCUGCGAAAUCCACUUCCACGAGAUCAACAACAAAAUGGUGGAGUGUAAGAAAGCUCAGCCCAAGGAGGUGAUGUCUCCCACGGGCUCGGCCAGGGGGCGCUCUCGGGUGAUGCCCUAUGGGAUGGACGCCUUCAUGCUAGGCAUUGGGAUGCUGGGUUAUCCAAGCUUCCAGACUGCCACUUACACCAGCCGGAGCUACGCAGGCAUCGCUCCUGGAUACACCUAUCAGUUCCCUGAGUUCCACUUAGAGAGGACUCCCCUUCUGACUUCACCCCACCCCCCUGAGCUCACAGCCAUUCCUCUCACCGCUUAUGGACCAAUGGCAGCUGCGGCGGCGGCGGCAGCAGUCGUCAGAGGCUCCACCCCAUCCCGCGCAGCUGGAUUUUUAGGUACGAGCAGCCCAGGUCCGAUGGCGGACCUUUACGGAACCGCCGGCCAGGAUUCGGCUGUGAGCAGUUACCUCAGCGCUGCGAGCCCUGCUCCAAGCACCGGGUUCAGCCAUAGUCUGGGGGGCCCUUUGAUUGCCACAGCCUUCACUAACGGCUAUCACUGAGAGUUGCAGAGCCGUAGACUGAGAGCUGGAAGGAGUUGAAGCUGCUUUGGAGCUGAUCUGGCCCGUCUCUGUCCGGUCCUCAUCUUCGGCUGGGGUGGCCGAACCUUCACCCCACCCACCCUGGUGUCAGCCACAUCCAGUCCACCCCACUGACACCUCACUAAAGUCCACCUCGUCGUUCGACAACGUUCAAAAUUCACUUGGAAAAGGAGCGACAGUGCUCAUCCCUGCAUGUAAUAGCAACACACUCAGAUGCUGUAUUUCUCUGUUAGGUUUCACUUGACUUCUUUUGUGACGGCUACGGUAUGUCACUUUUUUGUUUGUUUGUUUGUUUUUUUAGCUGUAUUUUAACAAAUUUAAAAUGUCCUCUAACCUGAUCUCUCUGAGAUAAGAGGAGCUACGUCUCCAGGUGACGCCUGUUUGAAGGUCUGAAGCUGUAAAAUGACAGAAAGAACUGUCCAUUUGUCUCUUACUGAACUUCACCUGCUGGGACAAAUACUAAUUCUUGAAAAUAUGCCGCAAACUGUAAAUCUUAGUAGGUCUUAACAAUGAGUCGUUACACUAAUAACAAAAGGUCAUUAGUGACCGGUGCAUAAUUAGUCUUGAUGAUCUGUAAAAUGUUGUAAAAUAUUGUAAAUAGGAUUGGGUUCCAGGUGGCAGGGCUCUGCUGAUUUCUGUGCCCAGGAGGUGGGGAGGCUUUUCGAGAAGUGGUACGAUUGUUUCUGCUGCCGGUGUUGGAAAAGGUUGACUGUUACGUAUCGUAUUCCCACCUGGAGGUGAAGAACACCUCCGUCUGUGUCCGACCUGCUGUAGCUCUCUCCAGCUUGUGUAAAUCAUGCGUCACGUCGUCUUUUAUGACCAGCGAAGUGUCCUCGGAGGCGAGACACUGAGUUCAGCAGGAGAGAGGCCAAGUCUGGACCACCGACUACUUUUGGGAGAUAAGUGUGUGAAAACGCUCCUCUGUCAGCAGAGGAGGAGACAAGCUGUUUAUCAUAUCCUUGUUUCAACUGAUUUUUAAUAUCUGAUUAUUGUUUGUGAAGGAAAAUGAAGGAUGCAGGAGUCUGUUGAUCUUUGUGUACGCAGGUUGUUAUACACAUUGGUUUCCAAUGUGCCAUAUGCUGUCUUUUGUUUUAUUUUUGGGGAGGGGGGGGGUUCCUCUGUUUCAAAAUGUGAAUUGAUCUGACUUUCCUAUUAACAUCUAAAAGUGUGGAUGGAUUAAAAAAUGGUGGCUCUAUCCAUCCCUCACAUCCACUGGAGGUCACAGUCUGUAGCGAGGUCACCUUUUUGUAGACCAAAACCAGGACUACUAGGACACUGAUAGGCUGAUCAUGAAAAAUGUAUUUUUCUUAUGAUGAUAGCUGAAGAACAAAGCACUCUUGAUCUACAACAAACAUCAGGUUUUACAUUUUGAUACGCUCUCUCUUACUGCU